AGGAAUUAAAAGCAGCCAUGAUCCUGUCACAAAUAGUGAUGAUGGUGCUACUACUACUACCGGACCAGGUCCAACUUCUUUGUUAGCCUCCUUUCUUUCCCUUCCUUUUUCUUUUGAAUUCUUCUGUUAUGUCACCAUGUAUGAACUGUCAUAGCAGAUACACAAGGCUAGCUUGAAGGUCUCUGUCUCAAUCUUCCACUCCUUUCCUUCCUUCCUUCCUCUUAAUAAGAUGCAAAAUUUAAGGUGAGCUAGACACAGAAUCAUAUUUAAUUCUUACACAAAGAACCUGUCUUUCCUCACCUUCUUUCUCAUUAUCUCCUUCUCAAUUUCCCAUUUACAGCAUUUAAGACAGAUCCCAUUUCUCAAAACUCCCCAGAUCUCUCUCUCUCUCUCUCUCUCUCUCUCUCACACACACACACACAAAAUCAGAAGAAUUGUUCUUUAACAAUGAGAGACAAACUGUCUUGUUUUAGUGAAAAUGCAGUAAAUUUGUCUCAUCCUUCAUGUUCUAGCUAUGCAAACACUGCUUGUGUUUCUCCAAUUCUAUCUCCUUCAGUCCAAAAUGCAGUCACUUGUCUCUACAAAAUCACUCUCUCCACCACUAAAAAGCAGUUCUUGGUCACAGUCACCUGGUGCAAGAACCACUAUGCACAAGGCUUGAGCAUUAAGUUUGGUGAUGAUCCCUUAACAUCCUUCAAACUCAACACCAAUUCGCGCUUGUUUCGCAAGAAGAAAGGCACAAAAGUCUUCGAAUCCCCCGAAAGUUCGAAGAUGGAAAUCAUUUGGGAUCUCUCCAAAGCCAAGUAUGAUGCUACUGGUCCUGAACCUGUUGAUGGGUUUUACGUUUUGGUCAUGGUUGAUUCAGAAAUAGGCCUAAUUCUAGGUGACAUGGCUGAAGAAGCUAUGACCAAGAAGUUCAAGACUAGUACCCCAGUUUCUAAAGUUUCUUUAAUCUCAAGGCAAGAGCAUUAUUCAGGAAGUAGCACCCUUUACUCCACCAAAGCUCAAUUCAGUGAUACUGGAAUUUCACAUAACAUUGUGAUCAGAUGUAGUGGAGAAAAUGAAGGCUUGAAGCAUCCAGUAUUGUCUGUUUCAAUUGAUACGAAGACGGUGAUUCGAGUAAAGAGGCUGCAGUGGAAUUUUAGAGGAAACCAGACGAUUUUUGUUGAUGGGUUGCUGGUUGAUCUGAUGUGGGAUGUUCAUGAUUGGUUCUUCAACAACCCUUCAUCAAGAUAUGCGGUUUUCAUGUUCAGAACAAGAAGUGGAAUGGAUAGCAGACUUUGGUUAGAAGAAAAUAUGGUGCAGAAAGAACAGGAAAAAGUCGAAUUCUCCUUGUUGAUCUAUGCAUGUAAGAGUUCAUAAUGAAAUUUAAUUUGCCAUAUCACUCAUUUUUGUUAUCUUUUCAUCAUUUCUUUUUGAUAAUUAUGCCUGAUUAUGGAUUUUUUAAGUUUUUCAUCUCAAAAGAAGAAUAGAUACCAAUUCUUUUUAAUCAUUUAUAUGAAAACAAAAUAAAUUGAUGUAUCAGAAUUGUGAUUGUAGAUAGAGGAACUUGACAGGUUUUCAUAUCUCUGUUUCUGUCUUCAUGAAACAAUAAUUGGAAUAAGUCUUUGCAAUUUAGUAUUUGUUAUAGCUAGUGAAUUUAAUUAUUAAUUUGAUAGACCCAUACAGGGUGACUAUAAAAGGUUCAAA